AAUUGAAGGCCGUAAGCCUAAAUUUGCAUAUGACCAGAAUACCAUUUGAUGAAUACUAAAACGACAAAGAAGUUUGUACAACUACAACUCUGAUCGAAUGAGCUGGCAAAAUUUCGUCGAUGAAAGUCUGUUAGGUACGAGCCAGGUUGCCAGAGCAGCUAUACAUGGUUUGGAUGGGAAACGCUACGCUUCGAGCGCUGGAUUUGUGGUUUUACCAAGUGAGGCUCAAGCAUUGAUCAGUGGAAUUACCAAAGAUCCGUCUCCUUUCUUUUCCAAAGGAAUCGCAGUGAAUAGAACAAGGUAUAUUUUUGUGAGAUCAGAUCCUGGACAUGCAAUUUAUUGUCGUAAAGGCAAUGAGGGAGUUGUUGCAGUAAAGACUAACAAGUGCCUGUUGAUUGGUGGAUACACAGAUGGAAUGCAAGCAGGGUGUUGCAGUGCUGUGAUGGAGAAACUAGCAAAUUACUUCAUUGCUAUUGGAUACUAAGAUGUUAACCCUUAAACUCCCACGAGUGACCAAAUUUCUCCUUACAAUUAUAUCAAUAAAACAUCAAAGAGAUAAAUGAUGAGAGUAGAGAAAAUUGACAAUGAGGGGUUGCUAGUUGAUCUAAUACAAUAUUCUUUGAACUACCAUCAUAAGAACUGUAAGGCAUUCACUUAGAAGAAUUACUGAAAUACGUAGGGAGUGAAAGGGUAAAAUCCAUCAUUGAGGCGAUAACAAAAUAUUGGCAUUGUGAAAAACAGAGAGCUUUAGCAAGUAAUUCAUAUAAAGGUGUGCAUGGAGCUGAAAUACAAGCUUGUGCUGGAGAUAUGAUCAAACUAUUUUCAGGAUUGAAUAAAACAAUCACAUAAGAAAGUUAGGUAAAUAAUUGAAAAAUAGUCUUCUACUGUAAUUCAAUUAAAGCAAAACAAACUUGCAGACAUUCAGGGCUAUAACAAGACUCCAAAGCUAAUGGAGGAGUUGAGGAAUAGGGAGGGAAAAAAACAACUUCCUCUAUUUGAAAUGGGUCAUCUUCAGUGGGUUACACACUCAGGUAUAAAGGACGUGCUAAAUAAAAAAAAGUUAUUUUACAGGAAUACUCAAAACUUGCUUUACUGAGAAGGGAUUGGUCUUUGAGCUACAAACAGACAAAAUAUAUUGGAAUUGUAGCAAUGAAGUCUGUGCAAGAAGAUACAUGUUUUAGAUUUGAUAAACCCUUUAAAAUACAAGGAAAACAGCCUAUUUGUUAUAGGAGACAAGAAAUUCUCUGUAUUUCAGUGAUGAGAGGCUCAAAUUAAAUAGUGUAUGGGUGCAUUUAGGUAUCCUUUAAAAAUUAAAUUUUGAUACCUAAGAUGCAAGACAUAACUCCUUACAUGUAAAUUCACAUGAAUCAAAAAUGUUCAA